AUGCGCCGCCCGCGGCUGGGCCAUCCGUGCCAGCGAGGGCGCCGUUGGCAAGUCCAAGUGCGCCGCUGCUGGUCGAAGAGGCGGCGCACAGGCCGCUGCCAGGUCACCUCGGCCUGGCUGCCAGAGCCCGCCAGAGCAUCCAGGCGUGGCUGGGCGCAGAGCCACCAGUCUGCCGCCGCUGGACUUGCUCCGCAGUCUGUGUCUCGCCUUGCCCACAGACAGACGGCAGCUCGGAGCUCAGCGUGA